CUACGAUCGCAGUCAUGCCUCGAAAACGGAAGCUUCCCGAACUCAGUGAAGAUGUCACGCCGAACGUACCUCUUGAACGCGAACCUGUCAAGAAGCAGAAGAGGCCUCCCCUCCCUGAACCCCAAGUGCCGCUCUCCAACCCAAAACCACGACCUCGACCCUCCUCCUACAAGCCAAACUCAAAACCCUCCGCCGCGCCAUCGUCGAAUCCGAAUUCCCUCAACUUUUUGAAAACUCGAAUCCGAAACCUCAAGCGCCUCCUCGAACACACUGAUCAUGAUAGAGGCUAUAAAAUGCCAGCUGGCGUGCGCAUUGUCCGGGAGCGCGAGCUGGCGACUUGCGAGCACGACUUAGCAGAGAAGACCAACGCUGCAAGGGAAUCAAAGCACAGGCAAAAACUGAUUGGUAGAUAUCACCAGGUGCGGUUCUUUGAACGCCAAAAAGCUACCCGUGUAUUGAAGAAGAUUCGUCGCGAAGUGGAAGCUGCCUCUAAUCCAGCAGAAAAAGAAGAGGCGCUCCGGAGAGUGCAUAUCGCUGAAGUGGAUCUGAAUUAUACGAUGUACUACCCUCUCAUGCGACCCUACUCUGCUCUUUUUCCGAAAAAUCAAGGCGACGGACCUACGACGAGGUCAUAUCCCACCCCAGAUGUCGAAGAGGAUAGUGCAGGGGGACAGGAUGCGGGGGUUUCUGCAGAUCCAAACGCGCCACCGACUACGAAAGGCGACCCUGCCAUGUGGACGGCCGUAGAGCGAGCGAUGGAAGAUGGCACGUUAGAUGCUCUUCGGAACAGCAAGCCCUUAGAACGGGGUCUUCAAGCAACGAAACAACGACAAACAUCAAAGAAGGAAAGCGAUCUGAAGCGGAAGCAUGGUCAAAAGGAGAAAGGACGGGAUCCACGAGGGACCUACGCGAAGCCUGGUACUGGGCGUACCACUAAUGACGUCAUUACCGAGAACGAAGACAGCGACGGUGGAUUUUUUGAGUAGAGCGUACAUAUGUAUGCCUUCCCCAAUGGUAUAGAGAAAACGGGUCGGUGUGCAUUAUCCUGGUUGGUGGAAAACUGUUGCGGACUCGGAUUGAGCACAUGGCACGUGGAGAAUUGAACAAAGGUCCACGGCGUUGGUAGCUUUAGGAUAUUUCAAGGCUCAUCACUUGAGGACUUAGGUUUCCAGGCCCCGUAUGUUGCUUGGUACCCUUUAGAGGUGGUAGCACUCUAAAUAUUUGGGCUUCUAUGCCAACAAAUACGAUUGAUAGAAAACAAGUAAUGCAUACGACGGGCUGGAAGUGGUCGACACGUG